UGUAGACCACGCCCACCUGGGGGGAAAACCUGUGACGUCACCGAAAAGCAUCACGGAAGUGAACUAGGCGUCGAAGCGGACAGACACAAAUAAGUUGGUGUGUCCGUUUGAUUUACGCACACAGACAGUCCAUCAUCAUGCUGGGAGGAGGGUUCAAAGCGGAGAGGCUAAGAGUCAACCUCCGGCUGGUCAUCAACCGACUCAAACUCCUGGAGAAAAAGAAAACCGAGCUUGCUCAAAAGGCGAGGAAGGAGAUUGCAGAUUACCUCUCGUCGGGAAAGGAUGAGCGAGCACGGAUCCGCGUGGAGCACAUCAUCAGAGAGGACUACAUGGUGGAGGCCAUGGAGAUCCUGGAGCUUUACUGUGACCUGCUGCUGACUCGCUUUGGCCUCAUUCAGUCCAUGAAGGAACUGGACCCAGGCCUACAGGAGGCGGUGUCCACCCUCAUCUGGGCAGCGCCUCGUCUCCAGUCAGAGGUGUCUGAACUAAAAACUGUGUCAGACCAGCUAUGUGCAAAAUAUAGCAAGGAAUAUGGCAAGCUGUGCAGGACAAACCAGAUUGGCACAGUCAACGACAGGCUGAUGCACAAGCUGAGUGUGGAGGCCCCUCCCAAGAUCUUGGUGGAGCGCUACCUGAUAGAGAUCGCCAAGAAUUACAAUGUGCCGUACGAACCGGAUGCCGUGGUCCGGCCCGAGGUGUGCGCUGGGGAGGAGGCAGACCUGAUCGAUGUGGACUUUGACAAGAAGCCUAGAGGAGGAGGAGGUGGUGGCGGUGGAGGUUUCACUGCUCCACCUUCUGCUAUGCCUAUGGCCAUGCCUAUGCCCAUGCCCAUGCCAGGCUUCAACUAUCCACCUCCCAACGGAGCCGACGCGUUUAACGUUCCCGUUGGAACCUACAACAGCUUCCCGCACCACAUGGGAGGAGGGCAGCCUCCUCAGCUGCCCACUUCUCCCCCCACAUACGAGUCUAUCGAUGACUUAACUCCCAAACCUUCUGUUCCUUCGCAGGCCGUAG